AUGAAACUCUAUAAAUAGCUUCAGAAAUAUGUUUCAUAUGAUAACAAACUGAUAUCAGCACCUUUAAAAAUUUAAAGAGCCUCUGAAUACAGUAGGUGUCAAAAUGAAUUUCUCUUUUGACUUGUUCAGAUUUUAUUAUACAGUAAAAAUUUCGUAGAUAUUUCUGAUCUACAAUAAUUAUUUUCUGUUUUUACCGGCACAAUUAAAUUCUAAAAAAUAAUGACAGUUCCAUCAAGCAAAUCUGUUUACAUAUUAUUUAUACGACAUACGUGACUUGCCAGCUUUGAUGGUGAAGUGAAUGUUACUUCCAAACAAAUAAACAAUAAAAUUGGAAACGUUACUUUAGGGAAUCUAAAAUGUGGGAUUCCCAGUACUUUAUCUACCCUUUUUUCUAGAAGAAAUAAACAGGGAUUCAUAGUUGUUUAGGUUACCUUCAAAAUGGCUAGUACGUCGAAUGAAGAGAAAAAACCCUGGGAUUCCAGCAAUUUGAGAAAGUAUUGUUUGAAUUUCGGAGAAGUGCCUAGAUUUCAUUUCGAUGAUCCACGAGUAGACGAAUGUAUACGAUCAAAUAAACCAGUGAUAAUAUUAGGAACAAACCUUGUGAAGCCAGCUGUAGAAAAAUGGAAUUUAGGAUAUAUGGAACAAAAUAUGGGCGCAGCCCUGAACACAGUAUACUUUUCAAAAUCGCACAAAUUCAAAUAUUUCGAUGAGAAUAAAAUGUUAGGUCGAUCUAAUCCGAAAGGUGUACAAUUUACACCACCUAUAAGAAAAGAAGAUAUGCUUAUUGGGGAUUUUAUAAGGACAAUGAGAGAUUGGAAGCAAGGGGAGGAAAGACUUUACAUGCAACAGUCCUUAACUUCAGCUGUUGGUACCAAUAUAGUCCAAGAUUUUGUGAAUUUCAAUUGGAAAUGGAUUAGUUCCAAACAAAAACUUCAUAAGUGGGGUAAACUCACUUCCAAUUUACUAUAUGUGUCUCAAGAAGGCAAUGUAACACCAUGUCACUAUGAUGAGCAAGAAAACUUUUUCGCACAAGUAUUGGGCUACAAGAGGUGUAUAUUGUUUCCCCCCGAUCAAUUUCAGUGUAUGUAUCCUCACCCUGUGCAUCAUCCACAUGAUAGACAAAGCAUGGUGGACAUGGAUAAACCUGAUCAUGUUAGAUUCCCAAAAUUCAAGGAAGCAAAAGGAGUAGAAGCUGUAAUAGGACCUGGAGAGGUUCUUUAUAUUCCAAUUUAUUGGUGGCAUCAUGUUGAAUCCUUGAUGAGAAUGGGGCCAACAAUCACAGUAAAUUUCUGGUAUAAGGCUGGACCAACUGUUAUUCAGUACCCUCUUAAGGAUCAUCAAAAAGUGUCUAUUAUGAGAAAUAUUGAGAAAAUGGUUUUAGAAGUCCUAAGAGAUCCAAAUGAAGUUGGACCUCUUCUGCGAAAUGUUGUGUUAGGUCGGUUUGAGGAUUAGGUACAGCAGAUUAAGAACUAGUUAUAUAUUUUAUCAAUUUUAUUUAUUUAUUUUAUUAUUUAAAAUUUUAUAAUUCAAAAUUAUUUCCUUAUGAACUUACUUGCCAACAUGUAGAUCUGUAAUUGUGACUACUGUAUUUUCAUUGUAUUGAAUUUUGUUAAAUAAUCUUCCCUACAUUUUAGGGAAGCUUUAUAUGUUUUUGAAAAGUCUGACAUCGUAUUUGAAACUUAACGAAUAAAAUCCAUAUUUUCACAUAAA